AUUGCGAGCUCUCCGACAUGUUACUGGACCAAGACAUUCCCGUCCGUGGGCAUCUCGGCCGCCCACGUCGAUAUUCGUUGCAGCACCGAAAUAGCCAUGCCAUGCGCGCGAUUCCUCCCAUCCCGCAUCAAGCCAAAGAGUACCCCGAUCAGGCUGGUCGUACGGGUUACAGUGACGAGUCUGGUCGGAAUAGCCCUUUUACGAUCCCAAUGUCUCCUAGCAAUGGGUCGCUUCCAGCGCAAUAUGCUUGAACGUUUGGAAACUCUACAUCCCAGAGGUCCCACCAGGUCCGGCUCUAUCACGAGAAGCGUGGGCAUCACAAGAGCGCGUCGGCUCUACAUGUACACCGUAUCAGCACCGAGCCUGUCGAGCGUGGUGCCAGGAUGGUGCAGAUCCUUUCUGCACGGCACAGAAACAACCUGGUGAUAACGGAUGUGGCUUCAAACGAGGCGACGUACUGAACGCAGCAGCACGACUUCAGCUUGGGACAGCACAUGCCAUGAGAGGCGGGAUAUCACAAACGGGUCUUCAUCCUGUCAUCAUCAUGGCUGCUUGCUAUGCGAGAGUCUGGUCUGGUCGAUUACGACUCGCGCAGUGCAUUUGCAGCUGACGAUCCAGCAUCAGCACGCUUGGAGGCAUGGAGCUCUCUCCUCCCCAGUCCACGAUGACAGCUUACCAUCCUCCUUGACGACAUAUGGCGACUGCCUACCACAGACCCACAAUGAGGUCAGCUGCAAGUAUUGAAUGUGGAAUGACAGCUAGCCGUGCUGGAGUGCGCAUCGUGGUUCUAUGCUUCCAAUAGCAAGCACAGCUGCCAGUCAGAGGCAAAAGCUUACCUUGCGCCCAGUGUGCUCCAGUGUGCUCCAGGUACUGCUGCAUGUGACAGCAGCAGCGUAGGCGACCACGCGCUGACGGCUGGAUCAAGUAACUCGAGAGAAUGGCGGCAUGGCCGACAGGAUAGCGCUUUACUUGCAACGGCAAAACGCGCAACACAAUUUGACACACUAGCAGGAGCCAUGCUUGAUGGCUUGCAGUUGCCGCGGUUCUCCUCCUCACAGGGUUGAUGUAACCAGAACCCACCACUGCAUCCGCACGCGCAGAGGAGCUGUGGUAGCGCCAAAGGCAGAAGGCUGUGUAUGUGUGUGAGAGAGAAAGUGUGUGUGCGCCGAGACAGCACGCCUGAAUACCUUGUGGUGACCUUUCAGGCUGUGUUCGACUCUCGGGACUGUAUCCGACACCAACGCGCGAGUAGCCGACGAAGCAACACGGCACGACGCACCAGCACGGGCGCGCACCAUCAGAAUGAGAUCGAGGUCGAGGGAGAGUGGUAGGCGUGGUUGGACGCGGCCACGGUCCCUGGGGCCUGGAAGGGACCUGAAGAUCUCAGCACAAUCUCGAAACCUCAACCAUCAGGUGGGCUUGGCAGCGAUGACGUCGUUGCGCCGAGCGGCAAUUCCAACGCGAGGCAAGCGCGGGGCUCAGUUCGUGCCGACGGAGCAGAUUGCCAGGUUGCUGCAUGAGCUGCUCACUGCUCGGAGGGCAACGGGCGAUUAAGGCGAAUAACAAUAGCACGACGUCUGCAACACCCAGCGCGUUAUUGGCACCAGUAAAUGUUGCCUGCACACGCGCGCUCUGCUAACCCAACCUAGCGGACAGGGACCACGUUUGGACCGAGCCGUCUGCUUCAGCCUGUGAGCCUGUGUGCCUGAUGACCGCUUAUUCAAUAUUGACCUCUCAGGUGCCCCCAAUGGCCGCUGCCGACUGGUGGGCUAGCUCAGUAUUUGAUACGAUGUCUGAGAAAAUUAUUAUUCACAGUGGGUCCACCGCAGUCUCGACUUUAGCGAAGCUGGCCGCGUUGACUCGAUGGACAAAGCCAAAGCCUACCACCGACAUCCUACUGUGGCAUGGCCCGGGGAUAUGUACUAGCUGUCGACCAGGCCUCGCCCCUAACGCGUCUGCUCCUCUCAGACUCCACGCACUAUCCCCAGUCUCCAUAUAAAGACCGUGUCCGCUCCAGGUCUUAUUUCGGCCCUUUCCUGUUCUCUUACACCUCACUCACGACCUCCUUCCCGCUCAGCACUCACCACUUACUCAGAUUCACCAGCACAACAGCACAACAGCCAUCAUGUCUGGCCCCGUACUGCCCAAGAGGCCGACGCGGACUUUCCGCCGUGUGAGCUCCUCCGAUGUCACCCUCAAUGCCUUGAGCCUCCGCUCGCCGACCGUCGUCGUACCCCCGAAGCAUCUGAUGGCACCCAGCAAUGCCCAAGAAACCGCCAUGGCUUUCGAGCUGGCGAGGCACGAGAUUGAAGACGCCACAACCCCCUUCUCGGCCCCCGCUACACCGCCAGAGACCACGGUCACCGACAAGUUCGCCUUCGCCUUCGAUAUCGACGGAGUCCUGAUCCGUGGUGGCAGGCCCAUCCCCGAGGCUGUCGAGGCAAUGCAAGUGCUGAACGGCAAGAACGAAUAUGGAGUCAAGAUCCCAUAUAUCUUCGUCACCAACGGUGGCGGAAAGACGGAGCAAGAACGUUGCAUUCAACUCAGCCAGCAGCUCGAGUUGGAGGUAUCACCCGGACAAUUCAUCUGCGGACAUACACCCAUGCGUGAGAUGGCCGAGAAGUACAAGACGGUUCUCGUGGUGGGCGGAGAAGGCGAGAAGUGCAGACAAGUGGCCGAGGGGUAUGGCUUCAAGGACGUCGUGACACCGGGAGACAUCAUUAAGGACAAUCCCGAUACCACUCCUUUCCGCAAGCUCACGGAAGAGGAAUACAACAACUCCCGCACUCGCAACUUUGCUGAUGUCGAGAUCGAGGCCAUUUUCGUAUUCGCUGACUCCCGUGAUUGGGCUGGCGAUCAGCAGAUCAUUCUCGACUUGCUCAUGUCCAAGAAGGGUGUCCUGGGCACGCGGUCCGAAACGUUCGAUGAAGGUCCGCCCGUCUUCUUCUCUCACAACGAUGUCAUCUGGUCCGCCUCGCACGAUCUCACUCGUCUCGGCAUGGGCGCGUUGCGUCUCUCGCUCGAGGCCAUGUUCAAGGCUGUGACUGGAAAGGAUCUCAAGACCACAGCAUUUGGCAAGCCACAAGGCGGUACCUUUGAGUUUGCCACUCGUCUCCUGCAGCAGUGGCGCCGAGACACGCAUGGUAUCGAUGCGGCGCCCGAGACUGUCUACUUUGUGGGCGACACGCCUGAAUCCGACAUUCGUGGCACGAACGAGUACAAUGAGAACUCCAAGCAGGAGUGGUAUUCCAUUCUCGUAGAAACUGGCGUAUACGAGGCGGGCACCAAGCCUCGAUACGUGCCUCGAGCCACGGUCAAGACUGUGCUGGAUGCUGUGAACCAUGGCAUUGACCGUGAGAACAAGCGACAGCAGAAAGUACUCAUGAAAGAUGCACUUAACAUUUCCGAUCUGAAGCUCAAUGGAUCCGCCGUCGACGAAUCUCAGGAUCACGACUUCCGGAUGGUCGAGACUAUCGCUGCAUAGAGGAAUUGGGAUUAUACGCUGUUUGAUACUGCAAUUGGUACUGGGGCGCACCGCAUUCCACUGGCGCUACGGGAUGGUCUUUUUUUGACGAAGAAACUACAAUUAUUUAUGAUACCACCGCAUGUUCGCCGAAUCGAGGCGAUAGAUUCUCAAGGUUUGGAUAGAGUACCGUGUAGCCACUGGCUGGCCGAUAUAUAUCUUUGAGGAAUCAAGAAAGUUGAUGAUUGAAUGGAUUUGUCGUCU